UUUCCCAAGAUAAAGGACAAAUUUGCAAUUUAAGCAAAUGCGGGGCCCAGAAAUUGGAAGCGAAGAGGAUGAAUGGUUAUAAAAGGAUGGCUAAUGGCUUCAAAAUCUUGAGGUGGUUUGCCCCCCAAUUGCGAGUCAUCUAGACCGAGCUACACAGAAUUACCCUAAGCUUGUCGAGCACAAGUUAACACAAAGAGAGAUGGGAAGGGCUCCUUGCUGCUCUAAGGUCGGACUCCACAGAGGACCAUGGACUGCAAGAGAAGAUGCACUGCUCACCAGCUAUAUUCAGAACCAUGGCGAAGGCAACUGGAGAUCGCUUCCCAAAAGAGCAGGUCUACUUCGUUGCGGGAAGAGCUGCAGGCUUCGAUGGAUGAACUAUCUUCGCCCAGAUAUCAAAAGGGGGAACAUUGGCCCAGAAGAAGAAGACCUCAUCAUCCGCCUCCAUUGUCUCCUUGGCAACCGUUGGUCUCUCAUCGCCGGACGCCUCCCUGGUCGCACUGAUAAUGAAAUUAAGAACUAUUGGAAUAGCCACCUCAGUAAAAAGCUCAAGAAUCAAGGCUUCGUUGUACGAGAAGGAACCCCGAGGCCUAAGCGAUCGGCAGCUCCUAACUCAGAUAAUAAAAGGAAGAACAACAAUAAUGUGAAUAACAACAGCAAAUUUGCCAAGAUCAUGCAAGGCAAUGACGCACCUGAGAGUACCAAAAUAUAUGCUCCUAAGCCUACAAGGUUUAAGCCUAAGUGGUUAGGGAUGGAAAAGAGUGAGAGCAUGACAGGAGACGGUGAGAAAGGGACAUCAGAAGCGAGCAGUGCAACUGAUAAUGCAGAUUUGGUAUCAUGGUCACAGGUUGAUCAUGUUAGGGAAUUUGAUCAAACGGUUGGAUUUCUUAAUGCAACCCAUUGGGAUUUGGCUUCUGAUUUUUCCAUGCAAGAUGAAUCACUUGAGAGACUAUAUAAUGAGUACUCACAGCUCUUGCAGUUUGAGGUUGAUGUGAAUCAAUUAGCUGAGCCUCUAAUGCUAUAAUAAGAUUACAGUUACUGCAUGCAUUCAAAUAUUUGAAGAUUUCCAGCAUUAAUGUGCAUGUUAAUGGAAGUAUGUAAGAAAAUGUACUUAAACAUAGAUCAAUCGAUCUCUCAUGAUGUUAAAUAUUAAUGCAAAUGGAAAUGUACGAGAGUUUCAAGAGUAUGAGUAUGUAUAGUACGUCUCUCUAAUUGAAUUUUAUAUGGGAACAGAAAGGCUAUCGUAUUUUUUUUAAGUUAUGAACCUU